AUGAAGAAUGUUGUUCAAGAUGAAGUCUUUAGCAGUUUACAGCAGCAAUACAUGCAAUGGUCAUUUGGUAUUGGAACAUACACUUCAUCUGUUACUGUAACAAUAAAAGGCACGAGUGUGGCAUUUCAAAAAAAUUCAACAGACUUUGUUAGCAUUGAUUUAUCAGGAAACAAAUUUGAAGGAGAGAUUCCAAAUGUCAUUGGAGAGCUUCAUGAACUCAGGGGACUCAACCUCUCCCACAACAGACUCAGUGGUUCUAUUCCCCAAUCCAUGGGAAAUUUGGCAAACUUAGAGUCAUUGGAUCUCUCUUCAAACAUGCUCACUGGAGGAUUCCUACAGAAUUGGUGA